AUGCCCAUCGCCUUGAUUGCCGACAUUAUUGCCACCAUUGGCCUCGGCGCUGGAGCAAUCGGGGGUUCCGUCAUUUCAUAUUGCUCCGAUCAUCCAGGCCCUGGUUGUGUUGAAUCUCGAGGCAUUGGCAUGAAUUUGAGACUAUUUGACUCCCGUGUUGGACCUUGCAAUGUUCCCAUGUACAACUUCAUCCAAUGCCAUGAUCAACUUCAAUCUCAGAGUACCGGUGUCAUUGGCACAGUUGUCUCAGCUGGCACGGUGCAAUUCGACAACAUCCCCCCUGCCUGCAUGAACCUCAACGCAGUCUUAAUCGGUACUUGUGGCGGCACUGGUCCCCGCCCAGAACCGUGUGGAUCGGCCUGCAUGAAAUAUAUUGGUCUUUCUGAUGCACAACUACGACUGCUCUCCAAGUCCCUCAACGCUUCAUAG